AUGGUGUCUAGCCGCAGCCCACUGGUCCCUUGGCACAGGGCAAAUACUGAUAAUUCCGAAUGUGGAGGCACAGGUGGAGGGGAGAAGACAGGCAAUGGCUGUCUGGCUCAUGGGACACUCACAGGAGGCUUGUGCAGUGGCACUGGCAGCAGGGGGAGGCAGAGGCAUGGGGGAUGGGUGAGGCAGGCGAUUCUGAUGCCCCACAUAGAUGCCAGCUCGGCACAGCCUCAGGAAGAACUGGAGCUGGAGCUGACGAUCAAGGGGACAGCUUUUUUGGCUUUGGAGGAAUGUGGGGAGGAGCAGGCCGAGGCAGCCCAGGGCCCCUCAGGAUUGGGAGGGCUUGUUAGCAGUGAGGAACAGGGGCAGGAUGACCAAGAGAGGGCAAACAGUGGACAUGAGGAGCGAUGGAGCUCAGGCGACGAGCAAGGACCGCCUCCUCCUGAUUCCCAAGCACAGAGAGUGGAGAGAAGAGCUGGCUACUCCUAUAGGCUCGUGCACCAGCCAGGCACAGCCAUAGGAAACGCUGACGCUCUCAGCAGAUGCCCGUCGAAGAAGCCGGUCGAAGACCCAGCCCCCACGCUCCACCUACUUCACAUUGAUGACGACGCCAGCUGCCCGGUGUCAUCCGCAGAUGUGGCCGUCCACACCCAAAAGGACCCCACACUCCGCCAAGUGAAGUCCUGGAUCCUCAGAGGGUGGCCAGCGGAAAAGCCAGAGGAAAGAUUCAGCCCGUUCGCCAGGAAACAGGAGGAGCUGUCCACCAUAAAAGGCUGUCUGCUAUGGGGAGACAGGGUGCUGAUUCCAAGCACUCUGCAAUGGCGGACGUUAGAGACCCUGCACAAGGGGCAUCCGGGCAUCGUCCGCAUGAAGGCCCUGGCACGGAGUUAUGUCUGGUGGCCCUCCAUGGACAGAGACAUUGAACAAUGGGUCUCCAGAUGUGACCCGUGCCAAGAAGUUCGCCCAGCGCCGCCGCAAUCCGAACUCGCGAAGUGGGAGACCCCCAGCAACCCCUGGUCGAGGAUCCACAUCGACUUCGCGGGUCCGAUGCAAGGGCGACACCUCCUCAUCGUGGUAGAUGCCUUCUCCAAAUGGCUCGAGGUGGUGCCCAUGGCAUCCACCACAACAGAUGCAACGAUCCGAGCCCUGCGCCGCCUUUUUGCCACACAUGGUCUACCGGAUGUGCUGGUCUCAGACAACGGCCCCCAGCUCACAUCCCUGGCCAUGGAGUCCUUCCUGGCAGGACUGGGCAUCCGCCACGUCCUGUCCGCCCCUUACAGGCCGGCCGGAAACGGACAAGCUGAACGCAUGGUCCGACUGACCAAAGAGGCCCUCACCAAAAUGGGCCCGGGGGACUGGCAAGAGCGCAUAGACAAUUUCCUCCUCACCCAGCACAUCACGCCACACGCCACCACCCACAAGAGCCCGGCCGAACUGUUGAUGGGCAGAAGGUUGAGGUCACCCUUGGACCGGCUGCACCCCCAAUACAGCCCGGAAGUGACCGCAACCGCCAGCCGCCCGCUUCGCGCCUUCAGCAACGGAGAUUCAAUUUUCGCGCUGAAUUUCAGCGGCUCUCCUAAAUGGCUGAAGGGGAAAAUUGCCAGCACAACCGGCCCCAAAUCCUACAUCGUCGAGUUGGAAGAUGGACAGUUCACGAGACGCCACAUCGACCAACUCCGAAAAAGGUGGGGGGGAGCACAUGAAAUGGCUUCUGCCAGUGCUUUCUUGGUGUUUUCCCACCCUUUUUUUAGUGAUUCCAUCCACUCGGUCAGAGUCAUGGAGGAAGAUGGCUCUCUGGGCAGCUCGGGCAUAGGGACAAAAUCCAUGCCGUUGGUGACCUGA